GGAAGUAAGUUGACGGUGACAAUAAUGUCAUAACAAAAAGCAAAAAUUAAAAUAAACAUUGAAUUCAAAGUUAAAACAAAAAUUGCGUUAACAAAUAAUAAUUUUAUUGCAAGUAUGUAGAUUAAAUGUUUAAAUUAGAGUAAGAAUGAGAUAAAUUACAGGAAACAUAAACAAUCGACGAAAUAUUUGCUAAGGAAUUCUCUAACUAUGGAGCCAGAAAAACCAUUUGCAUGUACAAUACCAGAUUGUAGGAUGACAUUCACAAAUGAAGAUCAUCUUCAUGUACACACACGAAAACAUGAUAUGGUUUUACAGUUGGGUAUGGAGCAGAAGGCGGCAUUCGCAGCUGACCAGACACCAACACCAACUCGAUUUAUAAGAAAUUGUGAAGAAGUUGGUUUAUUUCAAGAUUUGCAAAAUGUUACUGUUAACCCGUUUGAUGAAGGAUUCAAAAGGGCCAUGGAAGCCAAGCAUACAACCCUCGAAUCAUCUACGGAAGAUGUUCUUCAUACUCCACAUCUGACAUUUCCCUUGGAUGGUGACUGUACCAUGUACACGGCUAAUAACCAGAGAAAUAUCACAAUAAGCAGAUCAUCAAGUGACGAAUCGGGCGCUGUCAAAGAGUACGAAACCACGACAAUAUCAAAGCUAACAAACGAGGUAACAACGAUAAGUCGACUGGUGAAAGACGAAACGAAAUCCGACAAAAAAGACCACAACACAGUCUCUUACACCAACAACGUUAUAAAAAUACAGGAAAUACGUAAAGAUGGCAUCGUCAACAUCGAAAAGAACGAUAAGCUAAGCGACAGGAAUUGUAGAAAAGACGGGGUUGACGAGAAAAAGGACGGGGUUGACGGAAAAAAAGACGGUACCGACGGGAUAAAAGACGGCCCUAACGGAAAAAAGGACGGCCUCGACGCUCAAAAAGUCCCACCGAUAAUGAGUCAACAAUCUUUGGAUUUUGUAGUUGAUAGCUUAACAGCGGAGAACGAGAUUGAGAACGAUUUAGAAGUGAUUGUCAAGUUGCCAAGUGGAAAACGUGUGAAAAUGAAGUCCGUUCAAGAAAAUGCGAAGGAAAAGUUGAGAAAUGUGAUUCAAAAUAAAAUUAAACCUGUACCCUUGAUACCGUGUGGAACAUUAAUACCAGUAACAAUAAAACCAAGAACAUUAAUGCCAAUACCGAGAGUGAAUAGUGUUAGUGACAGAAGUGUUAGUGAAGUGAAAAAGCCUGUGGAUGUGUUGCAAGAGAAGAGAAUGUCUUCAUCUGCAGCUUCCAAACGAUAUAGAGAUCGUGUAAAACAGAGGAAGCAACGGGAAUAUAUUGAAAUGCAAUCCGAAAUUCAGAGAUUGAAAGAUGCGAAUCUGGAAUUGAGAGCUCAAGUUGAUUUAUAUCAUCAAAUAAUUAAAAAACAUUUGAAGAAAUGCCCGGCUGCUGAUGAUUUGAAAAUCGUCCAACAAGAAAUGGAGAAAAUUCAGCAAACAUGAAUGAAAAAUCGAAUAAGAUAAUAAUUCCUGACGGCGUUUGAGCGAAAAAUCUUGCCAUAUGAAACUGUGGAUUGUGGAACAUUCCAGAAUUUUAUAAUAAAUUAAUAUUUU